UUCCCAUUAAAAAUGGAACAGCGAUUCUUACAAUAUUUCGUAUUACUCCUUUCGUUGACGACAUUAGCGAGAGGGAUAAAGUUUGACCUCCCUGCUUUUCCGCCGGACUCGGUGAAAUCAAAAUGCCUCUCUGAGUAUGUAAACGCUGGUACAUUAGUGGUAGUAGCCAUUAAAGUUGGUGGAGGAUACAAUCAAAAAGUUGAUGUUGAGGUGGUUGAUAAUAGUGAGGCUCGUAAUAAGUAUGGACAUAAACGAGAUGUAAAUGAGGAUACUCGCUUAACAUUUACUACACACGCCGACGCUGAUAUAUCCAUUUGCUUUACCAACACCUUGGAUGAUCAAUUCCCUCCCAACCCGCAAUAUCAUCGCACAAUUGAAUUGGAUGUGGAUAUAGGUGCAGAAGCUAUAGAUUACAAUCAAUUAAUCAAAGCUGAAGCACUGAAGCCCAUGGAGGCUGAACUUCGGAAAUUAGAGGAAGUGGUUCAAGAGAUUGUUGAUGAAAUGGAUUACCUACGGAGGCGGGAAGCUAGAAUGAGAGACACUAAUG